CGCCCCGAUAACAUCAGCGGGGCAGAGGCGGAGGUGAGGGUGUGACUGAAACUCCUGCCUGGUCACAUGGGGAAGCCACGGCAGGAACCGGGGCGGCCGAGCCCGGGUGCCGAGGAGGCAGCAGGCGGCCAAGAUGGAGGUGGAGAAACCCCCAGCAGCAGCCGAGACGCCGACGCUGCUGAAGACCUACAAAUGGCGAACGGCAGCACCCAUGGGUGACCGGGAACCCGAGCGGGGCACGGGGUCCCCGGGCAGCCGGCGCUGGACCCGGCUGCAGGGCUGGAAGCGUUCCUACAGCCAACCCGAAUCCGACGGCCCCGACGAUGGGGCUGGGAAGGGGGCACCCAAAGCCAGCACCCGCCGGUCCCUCUUCCAGCGGGCUUUCUCGGCCCCCUCCAAGGUGGCCAAGGAGCCGCGGAGCCCCGAAGGUGGCAAGGCCACCCUGCAGAAGUAUUUGCGCUCCAUGUCCAAGAGAAAGGGCCACGGGGACAGCGGUGCCAGGGCUGAGCGGGCGCACCGUGACGCUCUGCCAACCCCGGAGAGCACCCACAGCGCCCCGACAGCCCCGCUGGCUCCGGCACCCGAUGCGCCAGUGUGGGACGUCUCCAACUUCUCGCUGGUGGACGGGCACCUGAUCCACGUGGGCAGGGACGAGGAGGCUUCGUGCAGGAGCAGGAACCGGACCGGGAGCUCCGAGAGCACCAACCUGCACCCAGCGGGUGGCAGGAGGGACACCGCAGACCCGGCCACAGAGGAGAGAAACACACGGGCAGCAGGGAAAGGCACCGACAGCGACGCUUCGGUCACCUCCCAGUUCAGCAAUGUCAAGGGCCUGCUGUGGAAGCGGCUCCGGGAUCGGAAAGGGCGCGCAGUGCCCAAAACCGAGACGACGGCGGUGGCUGACGGCGAGAGGACCCCGAGCCAGAGCGGUUCGCGCGAGUCCCUGCUGCCACCACCGAGCGCCGCCGAGCUGGACCUCACCGGGGACAACGUCAUCAUCCGGCCCGUGCACGGCAGCAUCGUGGGGGAGAAGUUCUGCUUCCAGAUCAUCACCGCUGAGGGCAGCCGCUCCUUUGGCUGCACGUCCUUGGCCGAGCGCGACCGCUGGAUCGAGAACCUGCGCCGGACCGUGCAGCCCAACAAGGACAACUGCGAGCGGCUGGAGCUGGCGCUGAGCCUGUGGGUGUACGAGGCGCGGGACCUGCCACCCCGGCGCCACCUCCGCUGCCAGCUCCUCCUGGACGGCGCGCUCUUCGCCCGCACCACCGCCAAGGUGGCCGGUCCCGACGGCGAGCUCUUCUGGGGCGAGCUCUUCCAGCUGGCCGCCCUGCCGCCCGCCCGCGCCCUCACCCUCGCCCUGUGCCGCGAUGACCAGGGCCACCCCUGCCAGACGGUGGCAUCUGUCACCGUCCCCUUGGCAGAGCUGGCGGCCGCCCGGCAGCCCCUGGAGCGCUGGUACCCGCUGGGCGGCCAUGGCAGCGGCGAGCGGGCGCCGGCGGUGCGGGUGCGCGGGCGGUACCGGGAGGUGCGGGUGCUGCCCAUCGUGCGCUACAAGGAGUUGGCCGAAUUCAUCACCUUCCACUACCGCGAGCUGUGCGCCCACCUGGAGCCCACCAUCGCCGUGCGGCACAAGGAGGAGCUGGCCGGAACUUUGGUCCACGUCUUGCAGAGCACCGGGAAAGCCAAGGCGUUCCUCAUUGACCUCGGCGUGGCCGAGCUGGACCGCUUCGACGACCGGGAGGCGCUGAUCUUCCGCGAGAACACGCUGGCCACCAAGGCCAUUGAUGAAUACAUGAAGCUGGUGGGGGGCAAGUACCUCCAGGACACGCUGGGUGAGGCCCUGGCCCAGCUCUGCACCUCGGACGAUAGCUGCGAGGUCGAUCCCAGUAAAUGCGCCGGCCCCGACCUCUCCGACAACCAGAACAACCUGCGGCAGGUCUGCGAGGAGACCUUCCAGCGCAUCGCCACGUCCUGCGAAGCCUUCCCGGCGGAGCUGGGCGAGAUCUUCGCGGCGUGGCAGGAGGAGUGCGCGGCGCGGGGCAAGGCGGCCAUCGGGCAGCGCCUGGUGUCGGCCUCGCUCUUCCUGCGGUUCCUCUGCCCGGCCAUCAUGUCCCCCAGCCUCUUCGGCCUCGUCCAGGAGUACCCCAGCGAGGCCACCGCCCGCACCCUCACCCUGGUGGCCAAGGUCAUCCAGAACCUGGCCAACUUCACCACGUUCGGCGAGAAGGAGGCCUACAUGGGCUUCAUGAACGAGUUCCUGGAGCACCACUGGGGCCCGAUGACGACCUUCCUGCAGAGCGUGGCCAACCCCGAGAGCAGCGUCCACAUGGCCACCUACGACGGCUACGUGGACCUGGCCCUGGAGCUCGCCACCCUGCACCUCCUGCUCUGCGACAUCUUCUCCAGCCUGGACCAGGCCACGCAGGAGGAGCUGGAGCCCCUGCCCACCAUCCUCAAUGCCAUCAGGGAGGGCACCCCGGUGCCCGUCUCCGUCCGGCUCAGCUCCACCACGGAGCGAAGCCCGGCGGAGAGCCAGAAGCCGGGCUUCGUGCCCCCGCGGGACCUGAGCAAGCACAGCCCCCUCAUCAAGAGCCAGUCCCUUGUCAGCAUCCGCCGCGUGCGCAGCCGCGAGGACGGGACGGACGCGGAGCCGGGGCGGGCGCCGUCCCCGUCCCCGUCCCCUCGGCCCGGCCGCGAGCGGAGGAACGUGCAGCGCACCCAGAGCGUCCCGGCGCAGAACAAAGCCGCCCGCCGCCUGCGCAAGCAGAGCAGCGCCGAGCACGUGGCGGGGACGCAAGGCGAGGACCCCCCGGGGGGCUCUGGCCCUCGAGAGGCCACGGGCCGCUCGAAGCUGCGCUCGUCGGUGUCGCUGCCGCGCAAAUCCACGGUGCCGUGGCAGCGCUACGAGGACGCGGCGGCGGCCCAGGGCGAGCUCUACGCCAUCCGCCCCCUGGAAAAGCACGGGCGGCUGAUCGAGGCGCUGGGGAAGGAGGUGGCGGAGAGCCGGGAGAAGCUGCGGCGGGCGGAGGUGCGGGCGGGCGAGCUGGAGGCGCAGCUGCGGGGGCUGCGGCAGGAGCAGGGCCAGAACCGCCAGCAGCUCCAGGGGCUUCGCCAGCAGCUGGACGAGGCCAACGCGCGCAUGGCCAACCUGGGAGCCAGGUUGACGGCGGCUGAAGGCACGCGGAAGAAGGACCUGGAGAGGCUGAAGGCCAGCGAGGAGAGGGGCCGAGCGCUGGAGAGCCGAAUUUCGGCGCUGGAGCGGGACCACAGCGAGCUGCGCGCUGCCAUCGCCCAGCUGCGGGGCCACCCGGGCAGGACGGGACAGCGGCCCCCGGGGACACCGAGCUGGGACGAGGGCGGCGAGGACGCCCAGGCCACCAGCGUGUGACCCCCGGCGCCGUCCCCAAAAGCUGCCUGACCCCAAUCCCCGCGGGAUUCCUGUCCCCAAGGAAUAAACGGCGUCGGUGUCACUCGGA